AUCUCAGUUGAUUAGAAAUAGUUAAGGAAACCUGAUUCAGAGAGCACUUCGCAUGAGAGCUUCGACACGCGUUAUUUAUUGAACAUUACAUCACUUUCCUAGUGUACCAGUAUCAUGAUAUCAUCGGUUGUAAUACAUUAUUAUAUGAAGAAAUACUUUAGUGUAUUAUUAGGCGAAUAGUAUGUAUCAUCACACUCGGGGACUGGUCUUUAAUUUGUUAGUUUUUUUUUUAGUACGAUAAAUAAAAUAGUAGACAGCAUUUAAUUAAAAAAGCUGUUCUUCUUCAGUCGUCAUAAGGUUGGAUAUGAUGUUAAAAGUCUACCCACGACAUUGGGCAAUAUUUUUGAUGCCGAUAAGGAAAGAGUUAAUAUGCGUUACGUUAUUAUAAUUUAAUUAAAGUCAGCUAGGUUGAUUUGUCCACCACUACCAGUCCCUAAUCACAAUCAUAAACUACGUUUUAAGUUAAUAAACAUCGUCGAAUUAUUUACAUUACCAAAUUACGACCACGAUACGCAUUUAUUUUUUACUGUGUAACUUAAAUGUAGUAUAAGUUGGUUCAGAGUCUCAAAAUAUUACUUAAAGCAACUUCCCAUAUCUCUGUGAACAUGUUUUCAAACAACUGUUACCUGUAGACAUUUGUGAAGGCAGUUGCUAUCCUACUCGAAUGAAAGAAUAUGUCAAAAGAGUUACUAUUAUAGAAUAGGUGAAUUUAAAGGGCAGCUUUAAAUUAGACAAGCUUAAAGGAAAUAUUAUGAAAAUGAUUCCUAAUGGCACGGUUUGUGAUUAUCUCUAUAAUUUUUAUUCAAACAUUAUGGAACGCCCCACGUUACGACGUGUCGGUCAUUUUAAUUUUGAAUCUAGAAAUACUGUAAUAAUUAUUGUAAUGCUAUUUUAGUUCGAUUUAUAAAAUCGAAUAAAUGGACAGCCUUCUAUAAGUACGAAUAAUCCCGUGUUAAGAGUUUUAGGUCACCGCGAUUUUAUUAUUAGAUACCAAUACAUUAUUUUAAUUUGAGACUAAUGUUUAUAAUGCAUAGAUACUUCGAAUAGAUUUUCCGUAGUUUUAAAGUGAUUAAAUAAAAAAGAUUAUAAAGCCUACCUAAAGUUUCAUAUUCGGCUACGCAAGAAUAUAGUUAGUCCAAUCCCAGUUCGUAGAAAGUUAAUUCUUAUAGCUUUAUGCAGUACUUUUGUCUAAGGGGAAUUUUUAUUAAGAGUUUUAAAGCAAAUAUUGUUCUAUGAUAAACCUAUUAUAAUUAUCGAAUUAUUUUACACCGCCUUUUAUUCAAGUUCAUACGAAUAGUUAACGCGAGCAUUUAUGCAGUACAAUUGUAAGCAGUUCGUAAAAGCAAUCUGACGCGUUCCUAUUAUCUACUAUGGUCUGUUAGACUUCUGAUUUGUAGUUAGUAUGGUGUGGGAAAUGCCAGUCGAACCACUGCAUGUAGUAGGCACAAAGUUGCAAUAAAAAUGAAGAUAUUUACGAUUUAACUAAUAAUAACUGGCGUUGAUUCUGUAGGAUAUUAUUUUUGUAAUUUGAUUAUGAAUGGUGGCAGCAUCAAUGCCAAUGUGUAGCAAUGUGCAGAGGCCUUUCCCAGAUUAACUGAAAAAAUGCGACUCCAUUAAGUGUGCAAAUGUGUUUUAUAAGAAUUAUAUUUCUUUAGAUGUUGAAUGUGCAUGUUCAGGUCUGGUCAAGGUUCAAUAGAGAGAGUAUUUUGGACUACCUUGAGUCCCAUGUAUAUUAAUGAAUUAUAAGUAUUGAAUCACAAUUGAUUUAAGUCGAAAGUGGCAGCUUUAUUUUUUGUUACGAUGUUUUUACAUUAAUUUCACUAUUUUUGUAAAAUAUACAAACUGGCCGCGAUUAGUACCUCUUCACUAACAAUUACUAACCUUCAUAUCUUGAUCUCAAAAUCAAAGUUUGUAUUUUAUUGGUAUUCUUUCAAAAGUAUUGAGUUUUAAAACAAUAAUCUCCUUUAAUAAGAUCUAUGUGUAUUAUGGAAUAUUGGCAUAAUCAUAUCUAUAAAAAAUAAGAAAAAAUAUUAGAUCUGCUUAUAUUCGGCGGUACAGGAGGGUGGAAUUUAAUAGCUUAAAGUACUUCAGACAUAUGUUAAGCUGGACUAUAUGAUUAAAUAUUAUAUGAAUAUAUCUGAUCUGAGCUCCUACGAGUGCAUGUACCGCAAAACAAACUAUUUUAAUGUACCAGAAAAUAAGCUUUCAAUUAUAAUACGGGACGCAAAUUAUAUGAAUAUAUUUGUACAUCAAUGUUACCGUAAAGAAACCUAUAUAAUUAUGUGCCAUAAUAAUAUCAUAAAUGCCUAACAAUAACUUGUUACGGAUACAGUGAACCUGUAACCUGUAUCUAUAUUUUCACAAUAUUUAUGAUAGUUUAGUUGCUAGGUCGAAGAUUUGUUUUAGAAUGCUUCUGAAGAAUAGAUGGCUAUCGAACAUCAACGGUGAAUUAUAGGAUAGGAACGGAAGUUAAUUAAGCUCUCAAUAUUCCUUAUAUUAUAGAAUAUUUGUUGUAAAGAUUACGACAGAGCACAAUUUAUUUUUUGUGUACAUUAUUAGUUAGCUAUUUAUCGAAAUAUAGCGAUUACAUAGUUCUAUUAUCGCGGACGCAGCGAAGCUACUAUAAUAUAAUAGUAGUAUACCAAUGUGCUUGUAAUUUCUCAUUAUGUAAAAUUGUAUAGUGCUUAUAAAUAGUUCCAAAAAUAAUUUUUGUCAACCUUAACAUCCCUUUGUACAUAACAUGCCUAUAUUCCUUUAUUGUUUAUGACAAUAUAAUGCCUACGAUGUUCAUAAUGUAGAUUAUCACUGUAAAUGUGAACGUUCAGGAGAAAUAAAUUACUAAAUAUCCGUUGGAUAUACUGCGAAUACCAAAAUUUUGUUUCAUUUACUUUCCAUUUCAUUACACUUAAAUCAUUAUGUGGGACGAAACGUUUAAGUUAUGACGAGUUCCUUUACCUACGAUUCGUAAUCAGGAUUCGGAAGAACAUAUUUAUUUACCUUAAUUACAAAGAAAAGUAAAUAGAUUCAGGUGUUAGUAAGCUUUAACGUGGACAUUCCUAUUCCAAGGAUGUGUUCAACGCUGAUGUUUGACUGAUAAGACUCCAAAAGAUUUAUCCUAUUUAUAUUAGAAUUUAAAUGAUUUGGUUUUAUAAUGAGGUAACUUACGGUGGAUUUUCGUUUUUUUUUUUUCAUUUAUGAACAAAAUAUCGUACUGGAAUAAGUUAAGUAGGUACAUAAAACAUAAUACCCUUUCGCGUUCCCAUAAUUGAGUUACAACUUCGUGGUUAUCCACACUAUGAUAUCGUGGAAAGUGACAUUAAUGAGGAACUAUUUGUCUACUUAAUCACCAGAAUUCAAUUUGCAUAUGUAAGUUGAUUAAAAAAAUGUUUUAAUUUUAUUAAGUGUUUAAUAUCGUUUCAAGGAUUUUAGUUCCUAUUAAGCAGUCACUGGAAAAAGUUACCGCAACCACCAUGUUAGUCACAAUCAAGAAAAAACCGUUUAACAUUUUGGGCAAGAACAAUAAUAUCAUAGAAGCACUAAGUCGAACAAAUUUCUUUAGAAGAUUUAGCGGAAUAUCAGUAUUUACUUUGAAACUUUCAGCAGACAACCGCGUCAUCAGAGGAUUCAGUAAAUUUGGAUUUACAUGCUUCUUAACAUGGUUAUCCCUCUAUAUUUAUUGCACUUACAGAGCUCAUGCUGAAGAUCAGACCGUCCUGCGAGUCUUAUUCUCCACCAAAGUACAACGUUACGGCGAUGACUAUGAGAGAAUAUCUUCAACUAUAUACGUCAUAUUCGCCUUUUGGAAGAUACCCUUCAGAUUGAAUAUCAACAACGGCUUUAUGGGUAUGGUUGUAAAAGUGGAUAAAGCCUUAGAAGAACUGGGAGCAACUGUGAAUUAUAAUUUCGAUGCAUUGUUAGCCCUCUCUAUGUCAAUUUCUCAAACAUCACUCUGCGUAACACGGUUACUCAGUGUCUGGUUAACACUAAGACACUUAGGCGUGCCUGUACCAUCAGAGAAGAUGUUCCAAGUGAUAUUAUCCGAUUCUCUAGCGCUCAUUGCUACAGCACAUUAUAGUUUCUUCCUCACAGUUUUGAGAAGCAGAUUUCGGCACAUGAAUAAAAUCCUGCAGGAUAUUAAAAACCACAAAUCUUGGGAACACAAAUUGUUUAUUCGAGGCAGUAUGUUUUCUAAUCCCCAAAAAGCAGUCAGUCUUCAAGAUAAAUUUAUAUGCGAGAAAAUUAAAGCAUGUGCGAAUAUCCACGCUAUGCUGUACAAAAUGACUGAUUUGAUCAAUAAAGUCUUCGGUUCUAUACUGAUGGUUACAAUUUUAAUAUACCAAACUUACACUGUUUGGUUCAUGUUUUCCUUCAUGGAAGCUACGGCUGCUGGUUUGUUCCACGAUGUGGAAAGAUACGUUGUAUUUUGCAUCAAUGUGUUUUGGGAAAUUGGCUACGCCACCUUCAUAACAUUCAUGGUCAUAUAUGUAUCCGAACGCGCAGUAUACGAGGUAAGUGUUACACAUAGACAUACUUAUGUAGUGAUCAAUCAAUCAAACAAUUUCAUUUUUUUUUCAUCAUCAAAUUCAACUAUUUUGCAGUCUCAACAAACACCGUUUAUCCUUCAUCAAAUAAUGUACAGUGAUUUUAGUCCAGAAGUUAAAGCGGAGGCAAUGCAAUUAUCUAUACAGUGCAUGCAUCAGAAACUCGUAUUCACUGCGUUUGGACUCUACGAACUGAAUUACGCGACGUUACACAAUUUAUGCCGUUCUGUCUGCACUUACCUGAUCAUACUUCUGCAGUUUGUAACCGACGCGAAAGCUAUUGAUAUGAAUGAGACCACCCAGUAAUAUAAUCAGUACAUGAAUAAGUAUUUAUAUUUCUAAAGCCCAAGUUCACGAACGAUAUCAACACCAGUUUUCUUAAAAAAAUCGUAAAAUUUUUAAAGUAAACAGUUGUUUUACGAAAUGUUACGGACGUUUGUAUAUUGUCGGUGUAAGUGGACCUUUGUAUAUUGAGAAUAGGCAAGCUUUUUGUACGUUUAAGUUUUUACCGAAUGCUAUGUAGGUACGAAGGUGUUUUUGCUUAUCGCCGUUGGUUUUCUUAAUAAAUAAAUAAAUUAAUUUGAGUUGCUUAGUUUUAAUUAAUUGCAAUCAGUAAUUAAGGCUAGGUACCUACUCUAUGUUGUUAAUAAAAUAUUACGAUUUUACUAAUGAACCUAGUAAAUGUAUUUCUUUCUCUGCUAAAAUGAGUUUUAUUUGAUGAUCGUUUUUAUUACACUAUUACC